UCAUAAAGUUUUUCCAAACAAUUGUCUCUUAGUAAACGCUGUAGUGGAUUGUUAGUUUAUUAUCCCUUCAUUCAGAUUUCCCCAGAUUAAUAAAGAUUUUGUUUAAUUCGAUCGUUGAAUAUACAUUCAUGGCUUCUACUUCAGCUUCAUCAGAUCAAAAGAGGUUCAAGUACGAUGUCUUUUUGAGUUUCCGGGGUGAAGACACCCGCAAAACCUUUGUUGAUCAUCUCUAUCAUGCUCUUAACCAGAAAGGCCUUAUCACUUACAAAGAUGACGAAAAAAUCGAGAAAGGGGAAAUGAUCAAAGAGCAGCUCAUCAGAUCCAUUGAAGAGUCCAGAUUUUACAUAAUUGUUUUCUCCAAGAAGUAUGCAUCUUCUUCAUGGUGCUUAGAGGAACUGGUAAAGAUUAUGGAGUGCCAGAAGUUGACCGGGCAUACUGCUUACCCCAUCUUCUAUGAUGUGGAACCCACUGAAGUCCGUAACCAAAGUGGGUCAGUUGGAGAAGCCUUUGAACGGUUCACAAGGAAGAGGAAGAGGACGUUGGAAGAUCAAGUUUUGCAUUUCGCCGAACAGGAAAAGGAACUUGAAGUUGGAAGAUGGAGAAAUGCUCUAAAAGAAGCAGCCGGCCUCGCUGGGAUGGAGUUGAAAAACACUUUUAAUGGGCAUGAAGCAAGAUUUAUCCAACAAAUUGUUCAAGACGUAACGCUAAAGCUACAUUUCUUUAAUUCGGGCAUUGAAGGGAAAUUAGUAGGCAUGGAGACCCGGGUAAAGGACGUUGUUUCAUCUUUAGAAAUUGAUUCUGAUGAUGUUCGCAUGAUUGGGAUCAAGGGAAUGGGAGGUGGUGGGAAGACCACUUUGGCAAGGGCUGUUUUUGAUCAUAUAUCCAUUUCGUUUGAAGGUAAAAGCUUCGUUGAGAAUGUACGAGAAGGCUCAAAAGGCUCUGGUUUAAAGGAGUUGCAAAAAAAAGUCCUUCAAAAUGUGUUUAAUGAUAAAAGCAUUGAUGUAGAAAGUGUUUAUGAUGGGAGAAGUCUGAUGAAAAAGAUGAUGUGUAGUAGAAAGGUUCUUGUAGUACUAGAUGAUGUGGAUGAUAUAGGCCAACUUGAAGCAUUAGCAGGUGAGCCUACUUGGUUUAAGCAAGGAAGUAGAUUCAUCAUCACAACAAGAGAUGAGCAAGUGUUGAAGGCGCAUCGAGUGAACUUCAUUCAUGAUGUCUGUCUGUUAUCACAAAAGGAAGCAAUGUGCCUCUUUAGUAGGUGUGCAUUUGGUAGAGAGAUCCCAAAUCAAGGGUAUGCAGACUUAUCAAGGAAGGUUGUACAUUAUGCAGCUGGUCUUCCCUUGACAAUCAAAGUCUUGGGUUCAUUUUUUUGUGAUAGAACUAAGGGUGAAUGGGAAGAUGCCAUCGAAAGACUAAAAACAAUUCCACUGAAGGAAACUUUAGAAAAACUGGAAUUGAGCUUUAAUGGUCUAGAGAAUGAUCAAAAAGAAAUAUUUUUGGACAUUGCAUGCAUAUUGAAAGGUGAAUCGAAGAAGAAUGCAAUCAAAAUACUUGAAAGUUGUGGAUUUCGUGCUCAGAUUGGUCUAAGGGUUCUGGAACAGAAAUCCUUGAUAACCAUAUAUAAGCAAUAUAAUGAUGGCAUGCUGCUCUUGCAUGACCAUAUAGAGGAAAUGGGAAGGAAUAUUGUCCGGCGUUUGCACCCUGAUGAGCCUAAGAGACAUAGUCGGUUAUGGAUUAAAGAGGAAAUUGAAGAUAUAUUGGUUAAUGAAUCGGGUACUGAAGAAAUAAAAUGUAUAAAUCUGAACUAUACGCAUCUCCAUCCAACAAUUAUUGAGAAGGGUCUUCGAAAGAUGAAGGAACUUAGAUGCCUUUGUGUGAAUCGGGGAGGUUAUUCAGGGAUAGCUGAUGAAGUUAGCCAAUACUUACCAGAUAUUUUACAAUCCCUAUCUUGGUGUUUUUACCCUUUUCGGUCUUUACCUGAUGAAGUUAGCCAAUACUUACCAGAUACUUUACAAUCCCUAUCUUGGUCUUAUUACCCUUUUCGGUCUUUACCUGAAUCGUUUCAAGCACAUAAGCUCGUUAACCUUGAAAUGACUUAUAGCAACAUAUAUAAACUUUGGACAGGGGGAGAAGAAAAGGUUCUUAAUAAGCUUAAAUUUCUUAACCUAUGUGGUUCCGAGGUGAGAACCUUUGACCUUACGAUGGCUCCACAUCUGGAGGUGUUAAAUUUUGGUGGAUGUAUUAACUUUGUAGAACUCCAAUUUCCAGUCGAAUGUACGAAGCUCAAAUUCCUCAACCUUAGUGGUACUAAGGUGAGCAAUCUUAACCUUGGGAUGACUCCACAUCUCGAGGAGUUAGAUCUUGGUGGAUGUAUUGAACUUGUAGAACUUCAAUUACCAAAUGAAUGCCUGAAGCUCAAAUUCCUCAACCUUAGUGUUACUAAAGUGAGUAACCUUAACCUUGGGAUGACUCCACAUCUUGAGAAGUUAAAUCUUCAUGCAUGUAAUGAGUUUGAACUCCACAUGUCUGUUGAAUGUCCAGAGCUCAGAUACCUCGAGCUAAAGGGUUCCAAGGUGAGUAACCUUAACCUUGGGCUGACUCCACAUCUUGAAAGAUUAUUUCUCACAGAAUGUUAUUGUCUUCAAGAAAUUCACGUUCCAGUGGGAUGUCUAACAAACCUUAUCCACUUUAGCUUAGACAAUUGCUCAAGUUUUGUACAUUUUCAUGUUGACAAACAACAUGAAUCAACUUAUCUUGAUUCUGUAGCUACAUUCAACAUAGAUGCACAGUGCGUACCUAUAUGCCCACUGCAUCCUAAAAAUAAUUUGCCAGUUUUUUCGUUUACAUGUAAAUUUGAAGAACCUGGAUCCUCAUGGAGUGGAAAUCUUGAGAAGCUUAUCUCUUUUAGCCUAUGUGCUUGCAAAAACCUUGAGUAUUUGUCAACAACAAUUUGUGGUUUACAACAUUUACGAGAGCUUACAGUUGGAGGCAGUAUUCCAGGGGAUUUGUGGCAGUUAGAAAGUUUAGAGAAGUUAUGUUUGUCGAUGGUAGACACUCAAUAUCUUCCGGAUAGCAUUUGUAUGUUGAAACAUGUGAAAUCACUUACACUUGAAUCUUGUUGGGACAUUGAGCAGUUACCCAAAAGUAUCUGCAGAUUAGAGUGUUUGGAAGAGUUAUACAUAAUCAGUUGCACAUCCUUACGAGAUAUCCCGAACAACAUCUGUAUGAUGAAAUGUUUGAAAUGUCUACAUCUCACUUAUUGUUGUCAAGUUGAGAAAUUGCCACAAGAACUUGGAUGUUUGGAAUGUUUAGAGGAGUUACACCUAUCAGAGUGUGAAUCCUUACGAGAUAUUCCAAAAAGUAUAUGUAAAAUGAAAUGUUUAAAACGUUUACGUCUCUCCUAUUGUGAACAAGUUGAGAGAUUGCCAGAGGAACUUGGGUGUUUAGAAUGUUUGAAAGAGUUAAAUAUAGAGGGUGCGGGCAUAAGUUGUCUUCCACUUAGCAUUUUUCAAUUUAAAGGUCUGCGCAUUAUUGGGUCGAGAGAGCAGCUUCAGUUGUAUGGUUUUCCAUCCGUCACCGAAAUAUACCGAGGAUCAACAUCUUCCUGCUAUGCAGAGCUAUGAACAAGACGGGCUCUUACUCGUUUCUUAUUAAACGUCCGAUAGCUCUAGGCAGUGGUCUCCAAUCAUUUCCGUUCAGCGACUAAGGUAUAAAAUUGAUUGUUCAAGCUCUAGUUUGAUUUGAUGAUUGUCAUGCGGCUAGAUACUUACUGAUUCGAAAAAGAAACAAAAAGAUAUGAUGUUACUAAUUAUUUC